AUGAACGAGCGCGGCACGGGACUGCGCUCCCGGGGAGAGGUGCAGGACUUUGAUAAGCUGCGCGCCCAGUGUCGUCGCAGCGGUCGCCUCUUCGAGGAUCCCGAGUUUCCUGCCUCCGACUGCUCCAUCUUCUUCUCCCGCACGCCGCCGCGGCCGUUCCAGUGGAAGCGGCCCCACGAGAUCACCGAUGGUCCUCGAUUCAUCAGGAACGGAGCAUCACGCUUCGAUAUCAAGCAGGGCGAACUGGGCGACUGCUGGGUGCUGGCAGCGGUGGCCAGCAUCACGAUGAGCAAGGAACUGUUCGCGCGGGUGGUUCCAGACGACCAGGAGAUAGAUGACGACUACGCUGGGAUCUUCCACUUCCGGUUCUGGCAGUACGGCCGCUGGGUGGACGUGGUGAUCGACGACCGACUGCCCACCUACCACGGACAGCUGGCCUUCAUGCACUCGGCCGACAACCACGAGUUCUGGUCCGCCCUGCUGGAGAAGGCCUACGCCAAACUGCAUGGCUCUUACGAGGCUCUGGAAGGAGGCCAGGCCGAGAACGCCAUGGAGGACUUCAGCGGAGGCCUCUGUGAGCGGUACACCCUGGACAAGGCGCCUGACAACCUCCUCCAGAUCAUGCUCAAGGCUCACCAGCGCCAUUCACCGAUGAGCUGCGCCAUACGCGUGGACUCGGCGGUGGUUAAGGACAUAUUACCCAGUGGUCUGAUGCAGGGCCACGCCUACUCGGUCACCAAGGCGUGCAUGGCCGACAUUGAGACGCCUCGCGUCCGCGGCAAGAUCCCGAUGGUGCGCGUGCGCAACCCCUGGGGCAACGAAGCCGAGUGGAAUGGCGCCUUCUCCGACUCGUCACCGGAGUGGAACUUUAUACCGGACGGCGUGAAGAAACAGCUGGGACUGACGGUAGAUGCUGACGGCGAGUUCUGGAUGACCUUCAAGGGCUUCACCAAACAUUUUGAGAUCCUGGAGAUAUGUAACCUGAGCCCGGACAGUCUGGAUGAUGACGACGACAGCACGCUAGCCAAGCGUUGGGAGAUGUCCAUGUUCGAGGGGGCAUGGGUGCGGGGCGCCACCGCCGGCGGCUGCAGGAACUACAUCGACACGUUUGCCCACAACCCGCAAUAUUCGGUUCAGCUUGAGGACGUGGACGAGGAUGACGAGGAAGGCAAGUGUACAGUGAUCGUGGCCUUGAUGCAGAAGAACAGACGCGCUCAGAAUCUAGCUUGCCUCCAGAUUGGGUUCUGCAUCUACGACCUCUCAGAUUCUCACUGCGUGCCAAAGCCACUCGACGUCAACUUUUUCCGGCACAACGCGUCUGUGGCACACGCACCAGCCUUCAUCAACCUGCGUGAGGUGUCGUGUCGCUUCAAGCUUCCGCCGGGCACCUACUGCAUCAUCCCCAGCACGUUCGAGCCCAACGAGGAGAGCGAGUUCCUCAUCCGCAUCUUCUCCGAGAAGGCGAACAACAUGGAGGAGAAUGACGAGGAGGUCGGCCCAGGACGGGUCGUCGAGCUGGCGCCGGAUGAGGAGCCGGGGCACGAAGUGCAGAUGUCCCGGGCUUUCCUCCGGGUCGCCGGCGACAACCAGGAGGUGGACUGGCACGUGCUGAAGACUGCUCUCGAUGACCUUCUCAAAGGAGAAUUCAUGUUCGAGGGCUUCAGCAAGGACACGGUGCGCUCCAUGAUCGCGCUGGUGGACGCGGACAACUCAGGCCAGCUUGGACUGGAAGAGUUCAAGUCGCUCUGGAGCAGCAUCCGGCUGUGGAAGUCAGUGUUCAGGAGGCACGAUCGCUCCGGCAGCUGCUUCCUCAACGGCUUCGAGCUGCGGUCCGCCCUCAACGAGUCCGGCUACCACGUCAAUAGCAACCUGCUCAACUCACUCAUGCACAGAUAUGGAGAUAGAGAAGGACGGGUAGCCUUUGAUGACUUCAUUGCAUGUGCUGUGAAGAUGAAGAUCUACCUAGAACUUUUCAAGGCCAGGGACCUGGACGGCGACCACAGAGUCACGUUCACGCUGGAUGAAUGGAUGAGGCACGGCCUGUACUCCUGAACCUGGCACGCUUCGCCGGCAUGUGAGCUUCACGUCAGCGCCGGGAAGGCCGGGCCACCCAGCCAGCAAAGACCGGCAAUGGUGCGAACCUCUUCCGUUGGCAUCGCCCCACGCCCGCGUGCACCUCACACCGACUUUGGUCGGCGCGGCUCAAAUCUUACCGGCCGUCGCCGGUCAGAUGCCAGUGUUCUCCAAAUCAAAUGGAAUGUUAAGCCCAUGGCUGUGCUCUGAUAUAAAUCCUCCGUCGAUUUGCUUUUCGCAGUGUCUUAGUAUUUGUACGCAUUCUAAGUAGGUAUCUCAUGUAUUCCGUGAUUGAUGGCAG